AUGGAGUCUCUCUCAGUGUCAACCAACAGCUUCACUCUGGACCUUUACAAAAAGCUGAAUGAAACUUCCGAAGGCCAAAACACUUUCUUUUCUCCUUGGAGUAUUGCAACUGCUCUCGCCAUGGUCUACCUGGGUGCAAAAGGUGACACUGCAACCCAGAUGGCUGAGGUUCUUCAUUUUAACCAGACUGCAGGAGAAGAAGGUUCAUCUGAGACAACAAGGCCUUCUCCGGGGACACCAAAGAAAAGGAAGAUGGAUCCUGAGCACAAGCAAGCUGAAAACAUCCACUCUGGCUUCAAAGAGCUCCUGUGUGCCAUCAACAAACCCAGAAGCACCUACUUGCUGAAGAGCGCCAACCGACUGUAUGAGGAAAAGACCUACCCGUUACUGCCUAAAUUCUUACAGCUCAUUACAAGCUAUUACAAUGCGAAGCCAGAAGCUGUAAACUUUAAGACAGCUGCAGAACAAGCCAGAGCACUGAUCAAUUCGUGGGUUGAAAAUGAAACUGAGAGGAAAAUCCAGGAUCUGCUGCCUGCAGGAUCUCUCAGUUCUCACACUGUAUUGGUCUUAGUAAAUGCCAUUUAUUUCAAAGGAAAGUGGGAAAAGAAAUUUCUGGAGAAAAAUACUUCUGAGAUGCCCUUCAGACUGAGCAAGACCAAGACUAAACCAGUACAGAUGAUGUUUCUGAGAGAUACAUUUUUGAUCCUCCAUGAAACAACCAUGAAAUUCAAAAUCAUUGAGCUGCCAUAUGUGGAAAAUGAACUCAGCAUGUUCAUUCUCCUACCAGAUGACAUCAAUGAUAACACUACUGGUCUGGAGCUGGUGGAAAGAGAGCUAACAUAUGAGAAAUUGGCUGAAUGGACCAAAUCAGCCAGUAUGAUGAAAGCAGAAGUGGACCUGUACCUGCCCAAAUUGAAGCUGGAAGAGAAUUAUGACCUUAAACCCACUUUGAGCAGCAUGGGGAUACAAAAUGCUUUUGACCCAGUUCAGGCUGAUUUUACAGGGAUGUCAGUGAAGAAGGAUCUUUUCAUCUCAAAAGUUAUUCACAAAGCUUUUGUGGAGGUCAAUGAAGAAGGCACUGAGGCAACAGCUGCCACAGGCGUCCUGGUGCUGAGAUCAAAAGCACCAACAAUGACUUUUAAAGCUGACCACCCUUUUCUCUUCUUCAUCAGACACAACAAAUCACAAACCAUCCUCUUCUUUGGCAGACUCUGCUCACCCUAG